GUGACUGCAGAGGUGGUUUCUCUCCCCACCCCAUCAACCCUCAAAUGGGGGCUCAAUGCGCCGUCCCGGUCACGUGGCUCUCCGCGGUGAGGGCUCCGCUCUCUUCUGCUCGUCGGCACAGCGAACGAUGCUGAGGCUGAGCUGAGGGAUGACAUCCGCCCGCUCCUGCGCGUAGAGGCAAAGUUAUGGCCCGAUCAUCCUCGGAAAACAAAAAAGGAAGAAGAAGGGUCCCGCAGCCAUUCAUCUCAAAGUCCCGCACCGGUAACGCGCAUGCCUGUCAGGGGCGCACAGCCACGGAGCGUGAAAUCCCCGCAUUACGCGUCAAAUCAAAGCAACUGAGCUGAUUUCGACGGAGGCAGAACAAAAAUUAAUCUCAGUUGUGCUGAAAUGAGCGCAAUGCAUCAGAGGAGAUAACUGUCCCAGUGCGACGCACGGUAAGACUCCCUCCUCCCUUUACCCUACACAAUAAUGCGGUUUUGUGUUCGCUCCUUAAGUCCCCCAGAGUUUACAGUUAAACACCCUUUAUUCACUGCAGUAAACUUUCCAAGGUUGUUUUCUCAAAGCGGUGCAAAGUUAAAGUUUUGAUGGAUUUUCUUUCUGACCUUUGUUUAGUCCGGAAAGUCCCAUUCAGAUAAACUGUCUCUUCAUUCUUCGGGCUCCUUUGUGCUGGGAUUGAGUUAGAGGCAGUGAUUUUUAAACUGGAAAUUAAAAAAUAAAUACAAAUGUAAAAAGACUCAUUAGUUCAGCUGCAAACUUGGUUUUUUGAAGGAGAAAGUUAUGCAACAAACGUAAUCUGCUCAAGGUGCUGGUUGGAACAUGUCCAUGUUUCUUUUUCUGCACCAUGUCAGUAAAUGAGUAGAUUGUCUUUACUUACACGUUUUGGAUUAUAACAUGCACUCAUUGACCUCUGAUCAACAGGGGAGUGUGAUCAAUUAACUAUUUUACUUUGUAAGUAAACUUUUCAUCAGUUCAUUAAUGAAUAUUUUAUAUUUUACAUUUAAAAUCAGGAGAUAAUGAAAAGCAGUCCUGCAUAUAGAAGCUGUUAAAUUCAGACUAACUCAAAAUAGAUGUGUGCCCGUGGCUAAGUCACUAUUUUAGAGAUGUGCUGUUUGACCAUUUUUCAGCAGGUUGCUCCAAGAAGCCACUGAGCUGUUUUAGCACCCCCCAUUUAAAGAACACAACUUUGUUCAUUCUGUUCAGACUUAUGAAAUCAUCCAGACGACUCUCACUUUUAAAGUUUGCAAAGAUAAAAUGUCUCAUUCUGACCUGCUGAACCUGAUGAGUUAGGUAUUUAGGGUGGGAAGGGAGGAGUUGGGAAAUGUGUGUUUACACCAUAACUACUUUGGGCAGGUGUGCGAAGGCUUCUUUUUGCAGGAGUAGUCGGGUUUUAGUAAUAGAAGGACACCUAGACUGGUUAAGACUUCCCUGUUAUAACAAAAGCGUGUCCUGGAACCAUUGAAGGUUUGAAGCUGACCUGGAUGCAGCCAUAGUUCCACAUGCUCUUUUGCAAUAAUGACACUCAGAAAAUAGGAGUAGUCCCGUCUCCACCUCCUGUGCCUUCAGGCACACGACCAAGACAGCAAAACAGUGAAACAGAGGACAUCAUGAAUCUGUUCAGGAAAGAUCCCAUGACUACACGGAAGGAGAAAGAAAAAGACAUUGAGUAUGAGGAUCCUCCAGACGGAGGUUGGGGCUGGAUGGUGGUGUUGCACUGUUUCUUGGUGAACGUCCUUGUGAUGGGCACACUGAAAAGCUUCGGAAUCUUCUUUGUGGCAUUCCAAGACGAGUUUGGAGGCUCAGCGGAGAGCAUCAGCUGGAUAGGCUCCAUCAUGUCUAGUCUACGUCUGUCUGGAGCUCCCAUCGCCUCUGUGGUGUGUGCCAAACUGGGAGCAAGGGUUGCCUCCAUCAGUGGGGCAGUGCUGGUCAGCGGGGGCUUUAUCAUCAGUAUUUUUGCCAACAGUGUGGUUUUCCUCUACAUAAGCAUGGGUGUAAUAGUUGGAAUGGGAUUUGCACUACUAUACCAAUCAUUCUCAGUGAUAACAGCACUUUACUUCAGAAAAAGAUUGGCGACAGCCUAUGCAAUAGGGCGUUCUGGUAUGGGUUUGACCUUUGCCCUAGCUCCAUUUACUCAGCUACUUCUAGACCAAUAUGCUUGGCAAGGGGCAAUGCUGAUUCUCGGAGGUCUCAUGUUGAAUCUAGUGGCUUCUGGAAUGCUUCUGCGGCCCAUCAACGUGAAGCCAGCUGUUUCGAACACCAUCUCUUCACCCAUCCAAAAGAGUCCUGCUGUUUCCCUGAAGAGUUCUGCAGAGAAGGAAUACCCCAAGAGUUGCUUGAAUGGUUCCUCUCUUUUAUCUAAUGGCAUCUCCAAAUCAGACUCCAUUCCAUCCUCCCCUCUGCCUCACAGGGACACUGAGAACUUGAGAGGACGAUGCAUUCAGGGCCAGUCAUUGAACCCCGAACUGGCCAGACUGGUGUUCAAUGGUGUUAAUGGCCACGAGCCUCACCAUGACUCAAGUCAGUGUAAGCCCAUGGCUCCAGACAGCCCAGCUGAGGUCAAUGGGAGCAUGAAUGGGUCGACCAAUGUUGGAUUUUCUUCACAUGCCAGCCUGCCCAGUGAGGAGACUACCAGAAAAACCAAAGUGCUGGAUUUUUCCUUGUUAAAGAACCCGUUCUUUUGCAUCUACACUUGGUCCCUGGUCUUCAGUCAGCUUGCUUACUUCAUCCCAUAUUUCCACCUGUCUGCAAGGGCUAGAAAUCUGGGCAUUGAUGCAAUGGAUGCUUCUUUUAUAAUCUCUGUGGCAGGUAUCACAGAGACUGUCGCCCAGUUGGCCUCAGGCUGGGUGACAGACAGGAACCUGUUCCAUAAAUAUCAUUACCACAAAGCCUACCUGAUCCUCUGUGGUUUGGUCAACCUCCUAUCCCCUCUAGCAACCUCCUACAUACUGCUGAUGGUGUACGCUGUUUUCUUUGCCAUCUUCUGUGGCGGCUACAUGGCUCUGCUGCUUCCUGUUCUAGUGGAUCUGGUUGGUUCUGAGAAGCUGAACAACUCCAUGGGCUUCUCCAUGUUCUUUGUGGGGUUAGGGUGCCUCACUGGGCCUCCUUUGGCAGGGUUCCUUUACGACUACACGCAGACGUAUGACUGUUCUUUCUACUUGGCGGGGCUCUGCUAUCUACUUUCCUCCCUCUCCUUGUUCAUGGAGCCGUUUGCUCAGCGUUGGCAGGCCAGGAACAUACUAUCCCAGAACACCAGAGCAGAAAGCAGCUGCAGGAUUAAUGGCUGCUUCACCCCGGACCCCCUGCAGAACGGCGCUGUGUAACCAAGACCUUCCAUCUUGAACCAGCAUGCUCACGGCCGCAGGUCUGCAAGUGUCUGGGCUCAGAAAUGCAGCCUCAAGUCGGGGACUUGGACCAUAAACUAGCAACACAGUAACGCGUGAACAUGAAAUGGUCAAAUAAACGUUUCAAUACGAAAAAUCCUUGAAGCCAAAAUUCCUGUGCUCUGCAGAACACUGACUUUCUGAACACAGGUACAACUGAUAACUGCAGAUAUAAUUUAUUGAAGGAAAAGUGGAAUAUUUUUCCCGAAUGCAACAAUAAAACUGCACUGACUUUGCAGCAACAUCUCACUGCACAAUAAGCAGCUGGGAGCCGAGCUUCCACUGGUUCAACGGCAUUAAUAGAAGCACAUAUCCACAAGGACGUACUCUGCACCUGAUGUCUUGAAACGCCUUUUUGUAAACCUGUUCUCACUGUUAUGCACUUUGGGCCAAGUUAUGACGAUGUGGCAUGACUCCUCCUUUGACCGUUCCCUGGCAGGUAAUCAGAUUACUGAGCAAACAUGUCACUGACACCUGCUCCCUUGUCACAGUGUGUAAUUUUAUAUAUGAAGCCAAAAAACUCUUAACUUCCAUUCAUGAACUGAUUAUAUGGGCAUGAGCUGGCAUUGACCUUGAGCUCAUUUCAUCUUUACACAGAUAAAAACGAACUGGUCGGGUUUUAUAACACUUCUGGUUCAGACUUUUAGAUUCUCUUCUGAUGGUUUAUCCUUUAUUUUUGCUAUUUUCUCCCAACUUAGGCUAAAUUAACACUUUUUAUUCACCGUUUUCCUCUUUUCUGGAAUCAUGUUUGAGGUUUUAUCCCCUGUGACUUUUAUAAAUGCAGCCGUUUAAAGUUAAGAUCUGAGCUGAGCCGUCUUUGACACCGGCCAAGGCCUGACCUGACGUUUUUGCGUACAGUAACUCUCACCAGCCCUCUACAUGUCAACAUUCCUGCUUUCAGCUCUUAUUUUUAAACCGACACUGAAACUGCCUCAACAUGUAGGGGUCAGCAGGAGCACCUGACACUUUAACUGAUUUUUACUCCUUAAAUAGCAUUUGAACCACUUUAAAUGGCAAAAAACAAACAUCUCUCACUACUUAUACACCGACAUAUUUACUUUGUAACUGCAUAUAAACCUUAUUGCACAUUAUGGAUGUAAGUCAGGUUCUUGAACCUUCAGGUUUCGACCCUCAGCUGCUGGCAUUUCUCACACUUAGAUGAUCCAAAGUAACUCAUUAUUUCAAGUUCAUCCAACAUGUGGCCUCUUUGCCUGAAAUCCUCCACACAUGCGUGAGUCUCUAAAUGUGAGGAAACAGUGGAGUAAAUGCAAAUUUCCCCUGUCACAUUGAGCGGUUCUAUGUGAGUGCACACACAUUUGGUUUAUUUUCCAGCCCAUGAGGGGGGAGGUGCUGUUUCAGUUGUGCUUUCUAAGAAGUCUGGCCAGAGCAGCGGGGCUUCCUGUGAGAUUUUGUGUCAUUUUGUGACCUUGUUGUGUGUAAAUCUGACCAGUUGUGCCGAACACGUGCCGCCAGCCAUCAGGACUGCAGCCCAGACUACACAGAGCUGGGACGCACCUAGCGGAAGUGCGUAUCAACAUGUUACUGCGUUUAUAUUAGGGAGUAUGUUGGUUCUUGAAUCUUUUUUUUUAUAUCUGAGGGUUUUGUUUGUUGUUUUGUUCUUUUUCAGAAAGUUCUUCAGUUUUCACAGCUGCCUUACUAGGUGAUGUGUCUUUUACUAACUCUCCUGUCUUUUCAACCAAAGAUCACUUUAGACCCUCCCCCCCCCCCCCCCCAGCAGACAGCUGCUGUUUUAUUAUGCUGCCCUCUUGUGGCUGAAAAAGGCUCCUACUGUAAGAAUGCAGCUUCAAUUAGUACCAAAUUAUUCCCCCUCAGCUGCUUUGCACAAUACUGAGCGAGGCUCUUUGUAUUGUUUCUCUAAAGAGUCAUGCACAACAGCUUUUUUGGCUCACGAGUUGCGUUCACUACCAGUGUGCUUUUGUGAUUUGGGGCCACUGAAGCUUUUGCAUCAGAAAAAGUCUUUUUAUAAAAAAACAAACUUGAUGCUUUAAAGUUGACAUGGUUAUGGAUCAUUUAGCUUGUUUUCAUGAACUUUAUGUUUGAGCAUCAUUUUGGUACAAACUCAAACGCCACUGAUAAAGAACGUUUUAAUUGAGUGCCUUUUUGUGGCAUUUGAUUGUUUUUGUUUGUUUUAGCGUAUUCAUGGGGGAAGUACCAAUUGGUCUUUAGAUGAUAAGAUCUAUUCUGCUCCAAAACUUUAUUAAUACGCCUUUCAAAAGUGCACAGGUCAGAUGUAAUAAAAUGAUUUGUGACUCAG